UUUUUAGAUUUGAAUGAUUUGAUUUGAUUUGAUUAGAUCGAAAAUGGCGGAUCUCGGUGAUGAUUCUGUCAACGAAGAACAGUGGCUUUAUGGAGAUUCUAAUCCUGACCCGUCGAGUGAAAACAAUGAUAACGACCAACCAAAGGACAUAGAUUCUUACAUAAAUCCUGAUGCACCUCCAGGAACAGAACCUCAGCCACCAGGGGUGUUGGAACCACCUGUUAUAUUGCCUCCAACUCAGAAUGGUGAUUCUCAACAUGACGAAGAAGGUGACGGUGAAGGAAAUCUUCAGAUUGACGAGGGCCACGAACCUCUUCAACCCCCUGGUGUUGACAAUGGUGAAGCCUUGCCGACCGAAGGUGGGGAAUUUGAAGAAGAUGAUGACAGCGAAGACGACACUGUCAACGUUGUUAUUGGCGAUAUCCGCACGGCACCGCAGUACAGUGCCCUUAAUAUGAAACGGGGCGGGCUGCUGACAAAUGCUGGCCUACCACCUCAACUCAAGCAACCGGGUAAGUUUUCCAUCGAAGAGUUUGAGCAGAUUGGAACCAUAAACGGAAUCGCAGCUCAUGAAUACAACCUGGACAGCUUGGAGGAUAAACCUUGGCGUAAACCUGGUGCUGAUAUCACAGAUUACUUCAACUACGGGUUCAAUGAAGACACUUGGCGUGCGUAUUGCGAGCGUCAGAAGCGUAUGAGGACCCACGAGAGUGGCGUAGGUCUGGGACCGCUCAGCGGCAACGUGAUAGCGCCUAUGCCUGGUGGGACGAGGCCUCAGAUGGUCCAGGUUAUGCCCCAGGGACCCCAGCCCGGGCGACGCAAUACAGGCUGCAUAGACGUCAUCGGCGGACAGAGUCUACCCACGCGGCGCACCAACGAAAGUCCUCCCAAGGAAAAUAUCAUUCAGCCGGUUUCUCACUACAGCCAUCGACACUCUGGAUAUUCCAAAUACGUAAUGACGGCAGACAGACGAGAGUACAGUCGUAAAGGGUUUGACAUGAUGGGCGUCCCUCCACCUGCUCCUGGUGUCCCACCUCCGGACUUCCCUCCCGGAAUGGUUCCCCCACAUAUUGCUGGAUCUGCUCCAGGAUUCGGUCCUGGCUACGGAGCAGACUUUUACCCGUCAGAAGUUGAUCCCUACUAUGCAUACGAGCCGACUCAAGACUCACAAUGGAAUGCUCAGAAUCUAGACAAGGUGAUCAAGCAGGAACCGCUGGAUCCUGACAUGAAAGACGAUGAAAGAUCAAGAGACAGAGAUCGUGAUAGGGACAGAGAAAGAGAUAGGGAUCGUGACCGUGAUCGCGACAGGCAUCGUGAUAGAGACAGACACCGACAUCGGUCCAGAAGUAGAUCGACCGAAAGGAGAUCAAGGAAACAUAAAAGCCGAAGUCGCAGUCCUGGUCACCGAAGCCACAAGAAGAAGAAGUCUAAGAAAUCUGAUCGCCAGAAAGACGAAACCAGUGAUUGAAGCAUGUACAUAAACUCUCAGUCUUAAUCUUGUUUUUACUAUUAGGUUUAUAUCUGUAUUUUGAACCUCUUAUUUUAAUGUCUAGGGUAUUCUACAAAAUGUCAUUUAUUUGUAGUAAACUGUUUGUUAUAAACUAGAUUGUGUAAAUUGAUUGAUUUCCAAGUGUUGUUGGGUUUGGAAUAAAAAAUUCAAAAUACUACUAUAAUUAUGGCAUAAUUAAUCACUA